AUGAACUCACUGUUGCCCGGAAACCCCGACGUCCACAUCCGCACCCCCGCGCAUCCGUCUGUAGCGGACGGGACUGGUGUAGGUGGGCAACCACAGGCGAACGCGGGGAACGCGGGCCGUGGAGCGGGUGCAAGAGGAAACGCGGGAAGGGGAAGAGGGACUGGUGGGAGAGGGAAUGCGGGAAGAGGGACUGGUGCGAGAGGGAAUGCGGGAAGAGGGACAGGGGAGAGAGGGAACGCGGCUAGAGGGAGAGGUGCGAGAGGAAGGGGUGGGAGAGCGAGCGCGGGACGUGGGACAGGUGUGGGAUCGAACGGGGAUAGUGCGAACGGGCAGGGAGCGCAUGGGGUGACAGGUAACGGCGGCAGGGGUAACGGUGUUAACGCGAACGGCGGUACCGGUAACGGGCCAGUUAAUAGACCGCGUAUAAGGAGGCGGCGAGUCGAUGUCGUGCCGCACACGGCACGCAACGGCUCCCGGGAGGGGAGCGAGGGGGCAAGCGAUGAGGAUGACGAGGACGACGCUGACGAUGCGGACGAUAGUUGGAAUGACGAUGACGAAAACUACCUAUCAAACUCGCUGUCCGCGCUCAACGAGGAGGAGGCGGAAGACAACGAACGGGUGCGGGGUACGCGGAGGGACAUUGAGGUCCCUAUCGCGGAUUGGAACAGGCUUGGUGUGGACGACACGCCGGCCGCGAAACGAGAGAUGUGCUACGGAAUCCUAUACGGUGUCUCUGAGGCCACGCUGAAGAAGUAUCGCGGUUGGGCCAACGAGUACAAGCGGUUCAUGGCUCACGAGCUGCCUAAACUGGACGCGGGUAGGUUUGGUGAGGAGGCCACGUUGAGAAACGCGAACCCCGACGAGAUAGGGGCCGCGCUCAAACAGAACAUGGGUGGUGACUGGAAGAUGGCGGAGGGCGACGAGCAGUGGUUCCACGACCCUGAGACGAAUCCAUGGCGCUUACGCAAAUACAUGACCUUCCUCGCGAACGAGACAGUCGCACAGACGGACAGGAUGGCCACACUCAAGCGGCCAGAAAAGACAUUGAAGAAGAGACGCCAGUGCACCCCGGCAAUGCUGAUGGGGCGUCUCAAGGCUUUGAACCUGCUCAUCAAGCUGGAUGGGGCCAUCUUCAGGAAGCCCGUUCUGAACCUGCUGCGCGACUUUUCAGAGUGUCGCAUCUGGGUCCGCGUUCAAGUACGCGACCAGUACAAGCGGUUUAUCGCAUUGGACGCUGUGCGCGGUCGGAGCCACGCUGCUGUGGCUGCACUGGGUGUACGACUUGGUUCCCAUCCUCUUGACUUCACGGAACCCUCGACGUGGUACGAUCAAUACCUGUUCUUCCCCUUUCGCGCGGGCAACGAGAAGCAAAUACCGCCCACGACUCAUCACGACACGUGGUACGAUCAAUACCUGUUCUUCCCCCUUCGCGCGGGCAACGAGAAGCAAAUACCGCCCACGACUCAUCACGACUGGGCGGCGAAGAUUCUCCAGGACGCGGGAAUCACAUGCUCGCGUGCAGUACACGCGACCAGGGCUGGGGGGGCACAGCACGCGUCCGCGGACGGAAUGCCUUCGGAUCAGCUGGCGAGGCUGGGGGGUUGGCGCUUCAUCGACGUGAUGACUAAGCACUACCUCACAACCAUUCCGAGGGAGGCCGUGCUGCUGAAGGCGGGCUUCACCGGGGUUGACGGUGACUACUUCCUGGGUCGCGCAACUGUUCCGGUCAGCGAUAAGCUGGAUGAGCUACCGAGGAAGCACAUUUUCCCCUGGGCCGCCGCGGACAAAGGACAGCAACAGUGCAAAAAGUACAACCGCAAGAUGGUCAAAAAGCAGACACCGGAGAAGCAGGACACCGCGGGGCUUAACAUACUGAAGGAGCUGGACGGGGAGGCUAGGAUGGCGGUCGCGCAAGACCUGGCCAUGUACUACAUUCACCAGCCGCGACACCCGUACGUGGUCAACAACCCGCUCUGCCAGACGGAGGAAUUUGCGUCGUGGGCUGCAGAUAACCAAGUGACCGUCCUCACUGAGUACCUGACUCGUUCACAAGCGGACAACACCAGACUGGGCCUAGAGUUGGUCGCGACUCAUAAACGGGUGAAAGAGCUGGAGGGGCUGCUGGAGGAUCGCGAUCGGAAGCUGGCCAGCAAGGACGAGCGCGUGAAUGAUUUGGAGGCCCAGCUGUCGCGUCUCACCGUGAGCAGCUCUGGGCCGACCGCGGAUCCGAGUCUGGCAGACACUCCUUGUGCCGCGGCCGAGCCUGCAGAGGCCACAACUCCCACUGACCAGGGAACGAGGAAGAAACCCGCACAGCCCACGAGGGAAGAGACGAUUCGGGACGCGAUCGUCCUCCCAUGGGUCAACGCGGCAAAACCGUCGGACGGAUGGAAGCUUUACAAGUCCACGCACCCGCUGAUCGGCGAGAGUCCGGAGUCGCUUAUCGCCCAGCCCCACGGUGCAGUUACGCGGUUGGCCGAGCUUAUUGGGAAGGCUGGAGGCGGCCAGAACGCGAUAAACCGUGUCAAGCGAGUCAUGGACUUCAUCGCCCACAGGGUGGAGCAAGGGGACAACCUCGCGGUCGUGCUCGACAAGCUCGACCUCGUGUCUGUAGCCGUGGGCAUGUCGGGUGUAUCGGAAGGGGUCGCGUUGAAGAAGAAGUGUGUUGACGUGACCCUAAGCGAGCUGAAGAAGGGCUCCCCAGCUGAGGUGCAGUUGUGUGUGAAAUGGAUGCUUGUACGCGACCACUUCAUCGAUGCCUCCCUUCUCGCGUCAGAGUUUCCGGUCGCGUGGCCACAGCAUUGUGCCCAGAUGCCACGCCUAGAUUAG